UGUGGGCGUUCGCUUUUGAGUUUCCACGUUGCUCGACUGAGGUAAAAGUGGACUGGAAACGACUUGGAAACACGUGGCUUUACAAACAAGUGCAAUGGCGGAUUUUUACGUUCGAUAUUAUGUUGGACAUAAAGGCAAAUUUGGUCAUGAAUUUCUCGAAUUUGAGUUCAGACCCGACGGGAAGUUGAGAUACGCGAAUAAUUCAAACUACAAAAACGACACCAUGAUAAAAAAAGAGGCUUAUGUCUCCAAAAGUGUGAUGGACGAAUUGAAACGUAUUAUUGAAGACAGUGAAAUUUUGAAAGAAGAUGAUUCCCUUUGGCCUCAACCUGAUAGAGUUGGUCGACAGGAAUUAGAAAUAGUCAUGGAUGGCUUACACAUCGCAUUCAACACUUCAAAAAUUGGUUCCUUGGUUGAUGUCAAUCAGUGCAACGACGCAGAUGGUUUGAGGUGUCUAUACUAUCUAGUUCAGGACCUUAAAUGUCUUGUAUUUUCACUUAUUGGUUUGCACUUCAAGAUUAAACCAAUAUAGUGAAAUGACCACUUCUCCGCACCUCGCUUCGAUUUGUAUGCAGUCUGAUAACAUCGAUAUGCAAGUUGAAAUAACUAUGGAUUGUAAUUUCUACUUUUAACCCUAAACAUCUUCAUAAAACCUUUGUUUUGGUGGAAAGAGUCUUUUCUCUCACAAAGUGAAAGAAUUUUAAUUUAAAUCAUUGUUUAAUAUUAUAAUAAAUUUGAAUUCUUUUACUAAA